CGUGCGCGUUGGACUUGGCCGACGAGCUUGAGCGGUGGGUGGAUGUCGGCUCCGUUUGAAGAGCGAAGCGGGCUGGUGCCGUGCGCCACUCCUUGGGGCCGCUGGUACCAGACCAUGGAAGAGGUCUUCAUCGAGGUGAACGUGCCUCCGGGGACCCGCGGGCGGGAUGUGAAUUGCAGCCUGCAGAGUCGGCAUCUGGCGCUGGCCGUGGCGGGGAAGGAUGUGCUCAAGGGUAAACUGUUUGACUCUACAAUAGCUGAUGAAGCAACAUGGACACUAGAGGACCAGAAGUUAAUACGAAUUGUCUUAACCAAAACCAAUCGUGAUGCUGGAAACUGUUGGAGUUCACUGUUAGAGAAUGAGUAUGCUGCUGAUCCUUGGGUCCAGGACCAGAUGCAGAGGAAGCUUACGUUGGAAAGGUUCCAGAGAGAGAACCCUGGAUUUGACUUCAGCGGAGCAGAAAUCUCUGGAAACUAUGGCAAAGGCGGGCCAGAUUUUUCUAGUCUUGAAAGAUAGCCAAGUGCCUUUAGCUAUUUUUUUUGGAAAUAGGAAAUAGAUUCAUGGAGGACUUGAACACAGCCAAACAAUUCAUCUGCCAGACUAGUCUUCACAAUGUUUUACUCCUUUUAUGGACUGCUGCCGUUGGUAAUGGCUUAUAUUUAAAUUGUACUAAUAUAGUCAUGAAAAAUAAACACUUGUGCAUAAAAGUUAGUGUUUGCAAAUGAUUCUGCUUAUGAAGAUUAAGAACACAUUUUUUGUUGUUAAUAAAGAACUAGUAUAUUUGAUGCAUUAGCAGUAUUAAAGAUCCCAAAUUGCAUAAUUCUUUGACCUGAAGAGAUAAUACGACUACACAAAUGCUCUUGCCUUCUCAUUUGACAAAAAUUCUAAUGUUGGCAGGUUAUUAAAAUUAAUUUUGAAAUACCUUUGAGUGGUCUUAUAUGCAUGAUGUUGAAGCAUUUCAGAGAGCUGUGCACAUAGGUGCUUUUUUAAAGAAGAAAAAAGUCUGUGUCACUGAAAAUAGAUUUGAAAUCAUUUUGAUUGUUGAGAGCUUCAACGCAGUUUACCCAAGUACAUGUGGAAAGAUCUUUUAUUUGGCAUAAGUGUCUUUUUAUUGUUUUGUGCCAAGCUACGCGCAAAUAACACACACACACAAUUAGCUAAAGUUGCAGUUUGGGACAAGGUAGUCCAGAAGUAACUGAUAUAUGAAUGUUCUAAGCCUUUAUCUUGACCUAGAGUUAUUUGCCGAUGCAGGAAUUCCAACCAUAACUGCAGUAUUUUUUCCUUCACGAGUAUGCAUGCCCAGUAAAAUUUCUGAUUUAUUUUUGAACGGCAGUAGUAGCCCUAGUGCUUCACUGCCAAAUGUUUUUAACCUGGAGAGAGUAUCAAAAGCAUCUUGCAGUGUGUGUUGGGGGGGGUGGGGGGGCAGAGGUGCUACUGUUUGAGAUACUGAAGUCCAGACCUUCCUUCAGCCUAUGAAAGUGGUUAUAUGAUUGGCUUUUAUCCUGUUUGCACAUGGAGCUCUGAAUUGCAGGCUUUGGCUGAACUGAAAACUUAAAAUGCAGAAUAAACUGUGCCUUAUGUACAAUUAGGAAAUGGUAAUGUGUGUUUUAGUUGCACCACUUUCUGAAGAAUGAUAAGCAUAUUGAGUUGUGUAUCCUAUUUUGUUUGUGGUUCAGAUUUCUGUUGUGUAUAUACACAAUGAAUUGAAUAAAUUUUAAUUGCAGUUUGUCUGAUUUUUAUCCCCUAAUAAUGUAUACUUGGUGUCUAUAAUUGCAGUGUCUUUGUACUUAAUGUAUCUGAGCCUAGUAUGUGAAGAAAGGUAGUAAUUUUCUUGUCUAAGAGAGUAUUACAUCUCAACUGCCUCACAAAGAAUUAGCUUGUACCAUAUUGCAUUUUUAAAGUGCCAAAACCAGUUUGUGUGGAGCUUUCAAAUUAAAAUCCCUUUUCUCAGUC